AAAUUGGUUCAGUAAAAAGGCAUUACAUUCAUGUCAUGAACACAUGGGGACCUGGGGGGUAUUCCAGAAAGCAGGUUCAACAACCUCUGAGUCUAUCCCUGAACUCUGAGAUGACUUACCCUGAGAUGGGAAACUCUGGGUAUCCGGUUCCAGAACAGCUGAUCUGAGUUAGUUCAAUCAUCUCUGAGUAUGUCAGCCUCGGGUUACGCGCGUGCACAACCACUAUAAAAAGCCAUCAUCAAUGGAGCCCCGAUUUCACGAGUCACCAUGACAACGGAAAAAAAACAAAGAUCGACCUAUUUCACCGCGGUAGAGUUGGAGAUACUCAUGCAGUCCUACGGCGAGUAUGAGCACAUAUUUCGCCGAAAAAGUAACACGGCUGCAGCAGCGAAGGAGAGAGAGACUGCAUGGGAGAAAAUUGCUGCCCGAGUCAACGCGUGCAAUCCAACAGGAGAAAGGAGGACUUGGAGGCAGUUAAAAAUGAAACAUAAAAACAUUAUUCAAAAAGCCAACAGAAAGAAGGCAGAGGCCCGAAAAACGGGUGGAGGGCCACCUCCACCACCUCUGACAGAGGCUGAGGAGCUGGCCCUCAGCCAAAACAGGGGUCGGCCUGUGGCUGAGGGCAUCCCCGGGGGAAGCUCAUCUGAGCCGGUCAUCCCCCAGGACACAAGUGCCUACAUCAGAUUUGUGGAUGGUGUGAUCUGCCUGGCCCAGCCUCCGACAGAAGCAAUUGCUAACCCUGCAGCUGAGGAGGAGGAGGCGGAGGAGGAGGAUGAUGAUGAGGAAACUCUGUCUGCUGCCACAGGGAGAGAUCCGGAGGGGCCUACUGAAGUGUGUCUUAAUAUUAUGUAUAGCUACUGGCAGUGCUCCACCCAUUCAUAUUCAUUUACAUUCUUGAGUGGAAUUUGGAGUUUGACAUGUAGGCCUACACUGAAGUGAUGAGCAUAGAUAAUGGACAAACUAGCACAUUCUUGUCCUUCAACAGAACAUGGCUGGGCAUCACCAAGAGGAGGGCCCCUCAACUUCACGAGCACAGCUUGACACAGUGAGAUUUUCAGUCAAUACCAUGUUAAAUCUGUAUGUAGAACUGCAGGAAUCAAAUG